GAGACUGCCACUGAGGGGCAGCAAACUCACCCUCAACUCCCGGAGACUGCCUCUGGGGGGCAGCAAACUCACCCUCAACUCCCGGAGUCUGCCACUGGAGGCAGCAAACUCACCCUGAACUCCCGGAGACUGCCGAUAGGGGGCAGCAAACUCAGCCUGAACUCCCGGAGACUGCCACUCGGGGGCAGCAAACUCAGCCUCAACUGCCCGAGACCGCCCGGAGGUGCCGAACUCUGAUGAAAGUGGCUGUAAUUCCGAGUGUCGGCACCAGAUGGUGACGAUGAGACCGGGGAGCCUGUGGUCUUUGCGCGGUGACCGGAGUUGCUGCAGUUUUUUUAUUUUUCGUUGAUGCCCCAGGUUGACAUGGGGCAGAUGAUAUUCCCCAGCAAGGGCUGGAAGCUGUGAGGAGGGAGAAGCGUGAAGUUUAAUGAAUGAGCUGGAGUUCCUGGGUGUUAAUGUGCUAGACCUUUCCGCUGUGGCUGCAAAAGUUGAAGGAAACUGAUUGCAGAAGCUGCGAACCCUGGAGGAGCAGGGAAUGUCCGAACAGGCGCUGCUGAGCCCGGCAGCGCUGACCUCGCUGCUGCUCUGCGCCGUUCAGGUGCCGCUGGCUUGGGCACUGGCUCUGGGCUUUGGGCAACACUGCCCGCCGCUGGACCGAGCACUCCUGGGCUGGCUGUUCUAUGAUGCCAUCGUGCACUUCACCCUGAAAGGCCUGUUUGUUUACAUGUCUUUGGUGGGGACCGUGGCACAAUCUAAUAAUAUCCUUUCUUUCCUAUGGCAAGAGUAUGGGAAAGCGGAUGCAAGAUGGCUUCAUUCAGAUCCGACAAUUGUAUCACUAGAAAUCCUGACUGUGACACUGGAUGGGAUUUUAAUUCUGCUUCUCAUUCAUGCUAUUGUGGAAGAUAAAUACUACAGGCACUUUGUACAAAUUACACUCUGCGUUUGUGAACUCUAUGGUGGCUGCAUGACCUUCUGCCCCGAAUGGCUCAUUGGGAGCCCCAACUUGGACACCAGCAACUGGCUUUAUCUCUGGGUCUAUCUGGUCUUCUUUAAUAUGAUCUGGGUGGUUGUACCAGGGCUACUCCUGUGGCAGUCUUGGCAAGGCCUCCAGGAAAUGCACCAGAAGAGAAAUGUAAAAAAAUCACAAUAAACAGUACUGUUGUCAAUCAUC